AUGGAAGAAGAUGGCGAUGAUAUGGGCGAUGAAGCCAGCAUUUCCACCGCCGAAGAGAAUGAUGAUGAUGAUGAAGGGAAAGAUGAAGCCGGGAAAUCAAUUACUGAGCCAGAAUUAGCAGCUGGUGAUGAUAGUGAUGAAACAGUGGCCAAACGGCGAAAACAUGCGAAGGAGAAGCUAAAAAAUCGUUUUAAUGCGGAAUAUGAUGAGACCAACCAGUAUUAUGUGCAGCUAAAAGAGGAACUUGAGCAACAGGCAGAGUUAAACAAGUCCGUAUUUGAUGGAUUGGAUGAAGCAUCGCGCCAACAGCUGGAGGGUUUUCGUCCAGGACUUUACGUAAGGAUCGAGUUCACGGAUGUACCAAUGGAAUUUAUACAGCAUUUCGAUCCAACCAAACCCUACAUUAUUGGUGGACUUUUGACCGGUGAACAAAAUAUUGGCGCAGUACAGGUGAAUUUUCGGGAUUUGGAGAUGACGGUGAUAAAAUAUUGUUAG